GAAAAAGAGAGCUCUCUCUGGAGACAGGAGACAUGAGCACAGGGACCAAAGACUUAGAAAACACCUCCAUCCCACCUCCAUGAGCUGAUCUGGUGCUAUGCUAAUGAAGCAGUCCUCCCCAGUUACGAGACAGGAGGACCUUGCUGUAUUUCCUCAGUGGAUUUUAGAAAUGGUACAGACCAGUGAUUUCUGUGUCUCCAGAAAGUGAGGCAGGACCAGGUUUCAUUCCACUCAGGGCUGAAGCCUGAGUUCUGUGGGUGACUUCAUAAUGCCCAGGGUGGUUCCCAGCAUCCUUUUGUAGCAGGCUACCAUGUUGGCCCCCCUGUGGCUGCUUAGCCUUUCUCUCCCCACUCUGUGGGCAGAGAUAUUAAUCAGAUGUUCCUAUAAGAGUCUCUGCCAGCAGGCCCUAGUCUCGGGCAAUGAUGUUGUCCUGCAAUGUGACUACCCCAAGGCACUCUGGUACUUCUCUUCCAUUUGGGGGGAAGAUCCUUUCCUGCUCUCCUCUGUGCCAAACAUAAAGAAACUUCCUGGGGGCAGCCUUCAACUGACCAACCCUCAGCCGUCCCAGACAGGCCUCUAUCACUGCCAGGACAGUGACAAUGCCCUUGUGGUAGAGUACGAGAUUGACUUCCAAGAUGUCCGCACCCUGCACAUCACCCACAGAGGCCUGGGCCAGAAGCCCCUGCAGAACGAGACCCUGAGUCUGGGUGGUCGUGUGCUCGUCUUUACCCACUGGGAGCCCUGGCAGGACUGUAACCGCUGUGGGGAGCCUGGGGAGCGGAAGCGGCUGGGCUACUGCUACAUCGAGGAGCCCCAGGAAAAAGCCAUGCCGUGCUGGCUCUACCUGAGAGGGGAGAAGACCCGCUCCAGCCGUCUGCGGACCGAACUACAGGUAGAAGCCUGUCUUGCACCCUGCGACCAUGUCAAGGAAACCAACCAGCCAUACUUCAUCUUUGACAUUUACUCAUUGGGCAAGUUGACCAACAACAUGUGGCUUACCUGCCCCUUGGCCUCCAUCUACAGGCCCAUCCUCUGGGAAGUCAACGACAUCCCCCUGACCUGGCAGGGCCAGCUCUCCAACCAGGUCCUGAGCAGCAUUCUGGAACCCACGAACGGCGGCAGGCAGCUUCAGGUCUUCGAGCCGGCCAUUUACAAGUGCUUUGUGAAGCAGGAGCUCAUGGCUCGCUUCAACCCCAGGCCCUUUCCGGAUGUGCCGGAGACCCUCCAACAAGAGGAAGCCGGACCACAGCUGGAGUCGAGGGAGGCCCAGAAGGGGAAGGCCAGGUCCGUCCUCAAGGGGCUCAAGCUGAUGCUGCUGGUAGGCAUCUUUCUGGGCCUGCUCGGCCUGCUGCUCAAGCUCUGCCACCCUUCCCAGCACAAAAGAAGUGACCAGGUGCUGCUGGUGAAAUAAAGCGAGCCCCCAGGGCCCAGGACGGCCG